GGCAAUGAGAUAGUGUCUUUAACAGGGCACUCUGAUAGAGUAAUGGGAGUCGCAAUGAGUGGAGAUGGCAGUCAGAUUAUCACAACAUCCAUGGAUAAGACCAUUAAAUUGUGGUCGCCAAAGUUGAAUAAAUCUACAGUCUUUGCCAACCAUAAUUCUGAAGUAUCUUGCUUGGCGUAUUCUCCACAUGGAUUAUUUGCAGUCUCUGCUGACAGGAACGGUAUCAUUAUGCUUUGGAAAUUCUCAGAAGAAAAUGGUAUUAUUACUGAUAAUGUCCCAGAAAAUGUUAUCACACAAAAGAUCUCGGACAACUCCAUAAACACAGUCAGUUUCAUGACAAGAACUAAACUCGUUAUUGGAGGGGACGAUGGUAUUGUUACAAUAUGGCAGAUAGAACACAGUGAUGUCAUUGGUAAAACAGUCUGGCAUAUCAGUGGACAUACAGACUGGGUUUUAAACAUGAAAUAUUGCAACAAUUACAAGAAUCUAAUCACCACAGGAACAGAUGGAAAGAUAUCUAUAAUAUGCACUGACAGGCAAAAGAAUACUCCUGUCUCAGUUGUUGAUGUUGGCAGUGAGAACCAAUCAGCACAGUGGUUGCAUGCAUUGGAUGUCAUAGAUAGAUGUAAUGGAUAUCUAUCUGAUAUGUGUAUGAGUAAUGAUGUCACUAUUGUAAUAACUGGUGAUAGCAAUGGAUAUAUCACUCUCUAUAUCAUGCAACAAGACAGAAUAUGCUUACAUAAAAAGAUCCACGCUGGGUUGAUUUCUGAUGUCAAAGUUCACAACGGAUUCAUAUAUACUGCUUCACAUGAUAGGACAGUGAAAAUAUGGGAUGGAAAAGACUUCAGACAGGUUGGACAAUUCUUCUGUCAAGCUCCUGUCAGCAGCCUAGUCAAAGCACCUCAACUUGGUAAUGAUUCAUUCCUCUGUGGAGACACCUUAGGCAACCUGUAUUUCUUAAAAUGGCAGUCUUAA